AUUACAGGUUAAACGCGCCAGCGCGUAAAUGUGUGUGGAGUUCACUGAGGUUCUGAAACUCUUGAUACCAAAUCGCUUGACCUUCCGCAGAUACAACCCCCACCCACCAAUCACCCCAGCAUGUCGUAAGGAGACCGCAGACCACUCUAAAACUCUCUCUCACGGACAAUGCAACCAUUUAGCGACAGUCUAAGCAAGAGUCGCGAUGAUUUGGUCAGUGUCGCCGCAGCUACCGCCUCACGGCAGCAAUUGUACGGCCAAAGGCGACACCACGGCAGCAGUCCCAACCUGUCGCUGGAUCAGACGGAUAACCUGCGGAGAAGCAUGGCCUGCCUGCAGGAUGAGUUCGGACAUCUAGGAAUGGCGGCCACAGAUCUACCCUUCAAGUCGCCCGAUCUCGAUUCUCCGCCGCAUCUGCAGCAUCACACUACCUACGGGGAGAUCACGGACAGCAGUGCCGAGAACACGUGUCAGCAGCGCUGGCCCCACAAUGUCAGCGGGGCGGCGGCAGCGUUCGGGCAUCCGGACAAAUCUGUAGGAUGGAUGUAUGGGCUGCUGGGCUGCAUGAAGCCAGUGCUCUCGUUCAUUGGCAAGAGCGGCGUGAUCGAGGUGAAGAGUCAGCGGGCCGAAGACUGGGAAAUACCAUUCGAGUCCAUCACCGAUCUCGAGUGGCUGGGCAGUGGAGCGCAAGGCGCCGUUUUCAGUGGCACGCUAAAGAACGAGAUUGUGGCCGUGAAGAAGGUAAAGGAACUGAAGGAGACGGACAUCAAGCAUCUGCGGAAGCUGGACCAUGAGAACAUCAUCAAAUUCAAAGGAGUAUGCACCCAGUCGCCGGUAUUCUGCAUCAUCAUGGAGUUCUGUCCGUACGGUCCGCUGCAGAAUAUACUCAAGGAGGAGCAGGUCAUGUUGCCGUCCCGCUUGGUCUCCUGGGCCAAGCAAAUUGCCCAGGGAAUGCAGUAUCUGCAUUCCCACAAGAUCAUCCACAGAGAUCUGAAGAGUCCCAACAUACUGAUUAGUACAAAUGAGGUGGUCAAGAUUAGCGACUUUGGGACGAGUCGAGAGUGGAAUGAGAUUAGCACCAAGAUGAGCUUCGCGGGCACCGUGGCCUGGAUGGCUCCCGAGGUGAUACGGAAUGAGCCGUGCUCGGAGAAGGUGGACAUUUGGUCGUAUGGCGUUGUGCUAUGGGAAAUGCUCACCUGCGAGAUUCCCUACAAGGAUGUCGACUCCUCGGCCAUCAUCUGGGGUGUGGGCAACAAUUCGCUCAAGCUUCUCGUACCCAGCACCUGUCCGGAGGGCUUCAAGCUGCUGGUGAAACUCUGUUGGAAGAGCAAGCCCAGGAAUCGUCCCUCAUUCCGGCAAAUACUCUCGCACCUGGACAUUGCCGGACCGGAGUUGCUGCGCAAGUCGGAGAAGCAGUACUUUGAGACCCAAAAGUCGUGGAAGGAGGAGGUGCGCUCGCACCUGAAAGAGAUCACCCAGAAUGGCACCAGCAUACACAAGUACGAGCAGGAUCUGAUUAAGCGGCGCACGGCCGAGUGGCGGCACGCACAGGACAUACGCAUGGUCUACGAGGACAAGCUGCAGAAGACGAACCAGCUCUUCUUUGAGCUCAGCGAGUGCAUGACGCAGCUGCAGGAGAAGGAGAAGGAAAUUGCCGAACGUGAACGGAAGUUGCCUGGAAGUGGCUACAAACCGACGCGACGCCUUGGCAAUACACUCAGGAAAAUGCAACACUAUCGUCGACGACUGAACGGUCCGCCAGCUGCCAUCCAGCAGCAAACGUCCACCACACCAGAUCCAGAGACUACGCCAGAGUCCCCUGUGAAGUGCGUGCUGUAUGCCCAGUUGGACGGUAAUUGUCAGCCAAAGUCGUAUUUGGGCAACAUCAUUCCUGGCGGUUGCGGCAGCAGCAGCAUGGCCAACAAGAACAAGAAGCGUGGCCAUCGACGCAAUGGCUCUGGAUCGCUGGGUGCACCGCCCAAGUACAGUCCGACGCGCGACCGUCGCUACCAGAGCGAGCCGGAGAACCGAAAGGUACAGCUGGUGGAGCAACAGACACAGACGGAUGCCAUGGAUGUCAGUGAGACGGACAUGAGUCCCAGCGGCGACCUGCCACGCACUCAGCCCAUUGAUGUGCCACCCCCGAAUCAUCGUCAGCUGCCGUUGCAAUUGCAGAGAGUCCAGAAAAUGGCCAAGGCUCAGGCGCAGGCCAGAGUUGGUUCCGUGAAUCCCACUAGUCCGUCGAAUGGCAACUCGUUGAGCACCAGCGAGCUGACGUACCAGGAUGCCUGCUCUAGUCCGGACCAGCUGAUGAACGACGAUGUGAUGAACAGCAAUGAGCGUCUGGACAUCACCGACUGUUGCAGCGACAAUGAGAAUCUCGAUCGAUUGGGUCGCAAAGUCAUCGAGUUUAUAGCCGAGAACCGCCUCUCCAUUCAGUCCAACACGAAUUCAAACUCAAACACUGAGAAUGGGAACGGAGGAGGAUCGCCGCUGCAGGAGCGCAGGGAAGCUGGCAACAGUCCGUGCCUGAGUCGGUGCAGCAGUACGCAGAGCAAGCGAAGGAAGCAGCCGCAGGGAGACAAUUCCAAUGGUCCGAAUGGACCCUCGGUCUUCAACGCCAAUGGCGGUGAGGCCAAUGCUCAGGAUAGCUGGUCGGAUGAGGAGGGCGAGACCACGGACUGCAAGUACGCCUUGCGGAGACGAAGCAUUGGUCGACUGCCCAUUGCCCGUGGCAUGCGUCCGCGUCGCAGCUACAAGGCUCCGAUGUCCCAGAAGGUUGCCAUACACCACAAACGCAAUGUGGUCAUUGUCUCCGAUGAGGAGGAGAACACCUCCGAGUACAGUCACUCGCCGUCCAGCCAGCACUCGACGCUGGAGAGCAAUACGGAUAUAGCAUCGGCCAUGAAGCAAACCCAAAACACAUCCACCUCAACAAACAGCUGCAGCGAGCCCGAGGAGGCGGACGAUUCGAGUAGCUCCAGCGACGACGAUGAUGAUGCUGAUCCACAAGGAGCCAAGGGCUCCACACUACCCAUGGGAGCGGUGCGCAGCAGCGACAUUAUAUCCAUACCCACAUUCGAGGCUGAUGGUGCCGUCAACAUGGUCUAACCUAGCACGAUAUGUCUAGCCUAAGCGUGAGAACUCCUAAACAUAACCAGUUGUGCAUGCAUGGUCUGUGCAACAACUAUCUCUACUUUAUAUAUACUCAACCGGGAAAUCGCCCCCCACUUUUAAUGGUAUUAUCUAUGUUCACGUCCAGAUCUAUCUAUCAAUAUCUCUCUCUAUCUAUAAUUUAUUUACGUAUGUGUUUGUUGUGUCCGAGUGUGUGUGGAGCCGCGUCCCGCAGGCGUUGAUCGCUUCGGGAUCGCCGCGAUUACACACCGCAAAACCAAACAGAACCUUCCUUCGGGGUCAGGGGCAAUCUUUUCUUCGUGUCGUACUCGUAUCGCAUGCAUUUCCUAUGUUGCUGAAUAUAUUAUAUAUCUAUAUAUAUAAUUUUCGCAUUAGUCCCUAGUUGGUAUUUGUCCUUUGAGAGAGCUGCCUUUGUAAUAUAUUUAAAAAAUGACCUAAUUGUAUAUGUAUGUAUUUUAGAUCCUACGGCCUAGGCAUAGCAUAGUGUUAAUUUUAUUUUUUUCUGUUGCGAUCCCAAGAGCUUGAACCCACAAAACGAAACCCAACAAACAACAAAACCUACAAAGCAACAAAAUAAUAGAAUCAGCCUCAGGCAAAA